UGGGCGCCAUGGACACACCGGCCGUACUGCAUCGACGCGGCCGACGGCCCCUACUGCGUCUUCACCAACGCGGCGCUGCCAAGCCGCAAGGGGGGCAACGGGCUGAGCAUCAUCACGACGCCCGAGCUCGCGGCGUCGCCGGCGGCAGUCAGCCUGUUCGCGCACGACGUCGACUUUCUCAGCCGCGCGCCGACCACGCGCGGCCACAACGAGACGCUGCAGAAGCUGGCUGGCGGCAGCUUCGACGACCCGCCGUUCGAGGUGCGCGACGUGCCGGGCAAGGGUAAGGGCGCCAUCGCCACGCGCCGCAUCGAGCAGGGCCGUGUGGUGCUCGUCGACCACGCCGCGAUCCUCGCCGCGGAUGAGUACCCGGCCGACCUGAUGCGCGAGGAGGUGCAGGACCUGCUCCGCCGCGGUAUCACACAGCUGCGCGACCCGGAUAAGCUGUACGCGCUGGCCCGCAAGGGCGAGGGCCGCGGUGAUGAGAGUAUGUCUGUCGAGGAGGAUUUGUUGCUCACCAACUCGUUUGCCGUGACUGUUGGCGACGAGUCGUACAUGGCCUUGUUUCCCGACUUGGCGGUGAGUGUUCUU